GGGAAAACCGAGAGGCGCUACUCGGCGAGAACUGUUGUCAGAAUACUCCAGUAACGCUUUGCAUGGCCAGCUAGCUACUAGCAUGCGCGUUGGUGACAGUCGCGUUGUCAUAUGUUCCAAGUGAUCGUGCGAUGUUUCUUGAGAAGCUAAUCGGUCUAAAACACCGGCGACCGAUACGCAAAUCGCGUAGUGGAUUUUCGUGAGACUGUGAAUUAAAAUUAAAAAGAAAAAUUGAAGAAAACGGCGCUCUGUAACGGACACAUACCGGAGGAGAGACAGAGAAAAGUCACUGAAGUGAAGAGAAAGACACUGUGAAAGAGAGAGCGAAAAAGACAGAAAGGGAGAACGGAACAUCGACAACGGCACCGAGUUUAUUCGUCGUGCCCGGAGUGCGAAGUAACGUGGAACUUCGGUUCCACGUACGUUCGUUUUGAUUAUUUUCUGUCUUCGUUUCGUAACUCACGCGACUGCAAAUCACGCGGACUGCGUGGAAAUACGGACCGUCGCGGUAGCACCGUGCGGCGGUAGUGCAGCAGCAGCGUACCAAGAUGCUGUCGUCAGUGUCAGCGAAAUAAUAAUGUGGUGCGACGUCAGUCAGCAUAAAACUAAUGAAAGGGAAGAUGUUUUGGGCCUAAAGAGUUGUGCAAUGAUGGGUCUGCAGGCGACGGCAGGAAAACGUAAAUUGGAGGGUGGUGUCGGCUGUAUGGAAUUCCACAUGGACCUCGGCGAGAGUCCGUCCAAGCUCGGACGCGUGGACGGUAGCUGGUGGGCGAUGGACGACACUUAUGGGACGCCUUUGAACCAGACAUCGUACUAUGAGAUGGAGGUGAACUCGCCUUGUUUGCAGGCAACGAAUCCGUGCCAGCCCUCCACGACGAAUUCUUCGCAGUCUCAGCAGCAGACGCAGCAGCAGCAGCAGCAGCAACAAUCGUCGCAACAGCACCCGUCACAACAGCAGCACCAUUCAUCUUCCCAAUCGGCGGUGCAGCAAGCGCAGCAGCAACAACAGCAAUCACCGCAGCCGCAAUCGCAACAGCAACAAUCGCCGGUGUCACCAUCGACAUCGGCUUCGUCCACGGUGACGCAGUUGCAUCAUCACGCGCAACAUUAUUAUCAUCAUCAACGUGGCGGCGCCAUCAGCCCUCUCGGCAGCCCCAACAGCUACAGUCAGCUAUCGAGGUCGCAACCUCAGUGGGGGGCCCUUCAUCAUUACGAACCGCCGACGAUACGUCGCGAAGAGAACGGCAAGAGUUAUUUGGAGCUCGGCUCGAGUUACCGCGCGAACGAGCGGUGUUGCGAAGGCUCGAAGUCCAGCUGGUGUCGACGCGGUCGGGCGUGCUACCGACAAAGGCGUCUCACCGUGCUGAACAUCUCUAUGUGCAAGCUCGCAAGGUACCGUCAGUUUCCGGAUCCGAGUUUACACCGGUCGGUGCUCAUCUGCAACACCCUGCGGCACUUAGAACGCGAAAUGGAAAGGGACAGAAGUCCACCGCCCAUGGAACCGGUCGUACCCGCGCCAAUCGCUCAGCUCCAGCCGCCCGAACAGGGUAGGCUAACGCCCUUUCCCGUGCCGCCGACGUCGUCGGGCGAAACUGACGUGGACUCCGGCAUCGGCGACAGCGACGACAGCCGAUCGAUCAACUGGGGCAGCGUGUUGUCCCUGUCGAGCCAAUCACCGCUCGACCCGCUCAAUAACAACGAACUACUUGACGUAGACAUAGGGCCCGAUCUUGAUCUGGAUUUUAUGCCCGGCUGGAAGUUGACGCCCCUUUCGACGGACGAUAUCCUGAGAAGUACAACGACGACAACGACGACCCAGGAACAUCAUCACCAUCACCACCACCAUCACCACCACCACCAGCAUCAUCACCAUCAACCGCAGCAACAGCAAUCGCCUCAGCAGCAUCAGUCGCAGCAUCUUAUGUCGGCAAGCAGUUGCGGCAGUAGCUGCGGCAACAGUAGCAACGUCGUCGGUAGCGCGGUAGGCGUCAGCAACGUCGGGAGUAGCAGUAGUACGCACGAGUCUCUGAUGUGCGUGGGAUCAUAGCCCUCAACCUUGACGUCGUUGAGUCAUCUCAUCGAUUUCUAUCCGCUGACGCCGCAGGGUAAGUAAAUCCUUGCGGCGGUGGUUAAGCCAGCAAGCCAACCAACCAACCAACCAACCAGCCAGCCAGCCAACCAGCCAGGAAGCGCGCAAACCAACGGAGUUCUGGAAAAUGUGAGAGGCGGUGGUGGAACAUUACGGCACGCCCUCCCUGCUUCGGAGCGCUCGAACGUCCGGCCGGCGACUCUCGAGGAGCCACUUCUUCUCCCUUGUUUUUCGCCUUAAUUUAUUGUCGCGCCAAUUACACAAACACAUACAUUACACGUGACACAUACGUGCGAACAUGCAUACAUGCGAUCAAACUUCUGUGACACUUUCGUUCUUCCUGUCUUUUUACUACCGCUACCACCGCUCACUCUCCCCCCGUUGUUCUCCAUCGUUACCAUCCAUUUCCACUAUUAUCCACCAGCGACUACUUACCACUAUCGUUACCGUUACUUCUAUUACUAUCGCUACUAUUGCUAGUGCUACUAUUACCAACUACUACUAAUCUACUACUACUACUAGUACUACUACUAUCGCUGAAUUAAUCGUGUCUCCCAAUCGUAUCUGCUCCCCGAGGGAUGGACGCGUCAUGACACGCGGCAUUCGCAGGUGCAGAACAAAACAGAGCGUUCUGAGGGCUUAACGAACGGAUUGAAGAACGGAUGAAAAAAAAAAAAAAAUAAUAAACGAUAAGGAAAGAAAAGAGGAAAGAAAACGAGGGAGGGAUAAAGGAACGAGACCUUUCGCGAUUCGACAGGUGCUGCUACUCGUGUUGGAUGAUUUGAUGUGUCCCGGCAGAAAUUCAGGCGGCUUUCGUAUCGAGCUAUGUAUCGCGUGCGGGAUCACACUCUUAUUAUUUUCGUCAUCGUAAAAUUUCGAAACCAGGUGUACGCACAAUUCAACACACGUGUGUCUCGAAACAAGUUGUUAAUUCGACGGAAUUAUCGCGAUAAAGAUCGUUAACCUCCCGGUGAACGCGCGAUGACGAUCGAAGAUGUCGCGAACACGCACUGACGAAGCGCGUUUAUUGAAGGCCCGCGAGAACACGGUGCACAAUCGCGGAAGAUGAAUUCUCCAUCGAGACUGGAAAACAAUCGGAAUGUGUGUCGUGAUCUUCACGAGUCUUCCAGCCUGAGAAGAAGUCCUCGUCGUACGUGCGCAGCCCGAAGUCGCUCGAGAAAGCCGUCCGGGGGGGUGGGGGGGAGGAGAGAAUUGUUUUUUCCCUGGAAUUAAUAAUUUUCCGAUGUGUCGCGGAUAAUCCGCGAUUCCGGAAGAAAAACGCGACCGUAACACGCCGAUAUAUGAUAUACCACCCGCGCACAUUGCGUGCACGGACACAUACACGCACACAUACAUAUAUUCGUACGUACACCUACACAACACGUAUAUAAUAACGACCGCCGUGGCCUAUAUUACACGCACGACGCACGAGGUGACACACGCGUGCGCGCGAGCGCACGCAAGUCGUACGGUGCUACAGAGCGGCUGCAACCUGGUGCUUCUCAACUCGUACAGAGAGAUACAUAUGACACACACCUAUAUACACGUGCACACACAUUUAAGACCGAAUUCGCACGGAUCGCUCGCAGCGUCCGUCGCUCGGGGUCGUCGUGACGCGUCCUGCCGUCGUAAGCGGUUGAUACAACAUGAGUCGUCGGCGUCUCGAGUAAAAAAACCUUCGGUGCCGGUAGCACCGGUCCUCGUUAGUUAGAUCAAAUUUCUUACUUGUUUGAAUAUUUUAUCUCUAAAGGUUGUAAAUGCUGCGCGCGAUCUCGAGUUAUUCACGCACCGCGAGAAAAAAGGGGUCUGAACACUUGCGUUGGAAUUGGAGAGACGUACAUAGAGGCUGUGUAACCAGUGAGUGUAGGAUCUUGAACAUCGUGUGCGAUCGGAACAAAAGAUUAUUUUCAUAUAACAAGAUUACAAGUACGUGUAUAUAUAUCGUUCUUGCGCAUAACUUGAUUUGUAAUAACUCUAGGAUACACAAACACACACAUAUAUAUAUAUAUGUAUUUGAAAGUACAAAUGAUUACUCUUAUUACUUUCACUCUUUGGAGCAACGCGUGUUUCUCGACGCAGACAUUCACUGGUUUAAUAAAAAUAAUCUGCAGAUGAUGAUUUGUAAUUGUUUUUUAACGCUUUUAUAUCACCGACGUAUUAAGAUUGUUCCCCACAAAGGUCUAAUCGCGAGUCAAAAUGUGAAAAAUUAAUGAUGCGAAGUAGGUCCAUUAGGUUUUCGAGGUCCAUUAAACUCCAACGCAACGAGUUAACCCUAAAAAAUGUAUGACGUGGGCCACUGUGCGACUCCUUAUCAUUAUUUUUUCAUGUAAACCUCACAUAACUUUAUCAAGAACAAAAUGUCAGUUCACAACUUCCUUCUGUGUAUGAAUAAACAGAAAAGUAGAUAAAAGGAUAUCUCUGUGAAGAGAUGCACAGUUGUGAUUGAGAUACGAAUAAAAAAAAAA